AUGUUUAAUCUUAACCCAUUUAAUGUUACCCAUUCAACAUUUUGGAUAUCUUUGGCAUAUAGCCUUUUCUUGUAUCUAUUCUUUGCAAUUUUCGUUUAUCUCAUCUACCGAUGCCUUAUAUCACGCUACUUUUAUCACAUACGAUCAACAUCAUCACGAGAUUUACGAAUUGCAAUCAUUAACACUUUUAGUGGUUUGUUGUUACUGAUACAGUUAAAGUGGGAUAUAUGGAGGCAAAUGAAGGCGAACGAACCCUUGCAUGAAAUAUUUUUACGGAAUUUGAAAAUGUAUCGUGAUAAAGAAGCAUUAAUUGAGGUCGAUACAGGUCGGAGGUUUACAUUCUGUGAAAUGAACCGUUUGUGCAACAAGUAUGCAAAUUUCUUUCAGUCAGAGGGAUAUAAAAAUGGCAGUGUAAUCGCUUUGUAUUUGGAAAAUUGCGCUGAAUUUCCUAUUAUUUGGCUUGGUUUAAGCAAACUUGGCGUUGUUACAUCGUGGGUGAAUACAAAUUUAAAAGAAGAACCAUUGGCUCAUUCCAUCAUCAUUUCGAAGUCAACUGCUGUGGUCACAAGCAAAGCAUUAUAUCCUGCUUUGAAAGAUAUUUUUUCUUCUGGGAAAUUAAAAAUGAUAAAAGUAUAUGUCAUUGGCGACUUAACUAUUAAUGGUAAAACGAAUACUUUGGCAUUAGGAAGUAAAAUUCAGUCUGCUUCUUCAGAUGAACCUACCGUUACAGACAAGCCUACUUUUAAAUCACUUCUUUGUUACAUUUUUACAUCGGGAACAACAGGUAAUCCAAAACCAGCUUUGAUAAAACACUAUAGAUAUUAUUGGAUGGGGAUUGGUGUCGCAAAAUCUUUUAAAAUAAAUCCAAAUGACCGAUUAUAUGUUAUGAUGCCGUUAUAUCACAGCGCAGGAGGUAUUCUUGGCAUUGGACAAACAAUACUGCACGGUAAUACGUGUGUUAUCAGAAAAAGAUUUUCGGCAAGCAAUUUCUGGACAGACUGUGUCAAAUAUAAUUGCACUGUUAGCCAGUACAUUGGUGAAAUAUGCAGAUAUCUGUUGGCACAAAAAGAUGUUCCAGAAGUGAGGUUACACAAGGUACGUUUAAUGUUUGGUAACGGUCUAAGAUCAGAGAUUUGGCAGAAAUUUGUAAAUCGAUUUGGUGUCGAAAAAAUCGGUGAAUUUUAUGGCAGUACAGAAGGCAAUUCAAGUUUGGUGAAUAUAGAUAAUCAUGUUGGAUCGUGUGGAUUUAUUCCGGUGCAUUUUUUCGUGAAAUAUUUAUAUCCUUUACGUUUACUCAAAGUAAAUGAUGAAACUGGUGAAUUAAUUCGUACAAAAAAAGGCUUUUGUGUACCUUGUAAACCUGGUGAAACUGGAGAAUUAGUUGGUGCUAUUAUGCACAACCAACCAUUAUUGAAUUUUGAAGGCUAUUUGGAUGAGGAAGACACUGGGAAGAAGAUAAUUAAAAAUGUAUUAUGUAAAGGUGAUGCUGUUUUCACAUCAGGCGACAUUAUGCAUUGGGAUCAUUUUGGGUAUUUAUAUUUCAGGGAUCGAAAAGGCGAUACUUUUAGGUGGAAAGGAGAAAAUGUAAGUACUUCUGAAGUGGAAGGUAUUCUGCAGUUUCUAAAAAGUAUAAGUGAUGUAGCUGUGUAUGGUAUCGAAAUACCAAAUAAAGAAGGUCGUGCUGGUAUGGCUGCUAUUGUACUUGUAGAAAAUAAAUCUGUCAAGGAUGUGGCAUCCGAAAUAGCUAUGCAUGUCAAGAAAAGCCUUCCUUCUUAUGCCAUCCCUGUAUUUUUACGUUUUUGCAAAGAUUUCGAACGAACAGGUACAUACAAGUUGAAAAAAAUCAAUCUAAAAAAAGAAGGAUAUGAUUUACGUGUAUGUCACGAUGAGAUUAUGAUUUGGGAUUCUUCUCUAAAAUCUUAUAAGUAA